AUGGUUGUCCUCAACGCUUCCAUGCCUUUGGCCCCCAUCGAGCCGCUCACACAGCGCAAGCAAUUUCCGACCAUUGAUCAACAGAUCAGCGGCAAAUCGUUAGCGGGCCAGGUCCGGCAAUCAACAAGUAGGCUGGCGGGCCAUGUUGUCCGCACACCCACGAUUCGCCUGCCGUGGCUUGACCAAGCCGGUGUUGAAGUGUGGGCCAAGCUGGAGUGCCACCAACACACUGGCUCAUUCAAGUAUCGCGGGGCUCUCAAUGCUAUGAUGCAAAGUCCGGCAGAGACCAUCGUCACGGCAUCGGCAGGGAACCAUGCGUUGGCGAUAUGUGCAGCUGCACAGCUGCUGGGUAAGAAGUCGACGAUAGUUGCUCCUGUAGGCGUGUCUGAGGUCAAGGCGAAACGUCUUGUAUCGAAUGCCACGCACGUUAGCUUCUUCGGUAACGACCUGGGCGAAGCUACCAGUGUGGCCAUGGAACAAGGACGGACGCACACCAGUACACACUAUAUUUCGCCUUACGCAGAUCCCAAGGUAGCGGCGGGAGCGGGAACGUCCGUUGUUGAGGCUUUCGAGGAUGCAGGGCCUUUCGACCAGAUAGUCGUGCCUUUGGGUGGUGGAGGUCUCGCGGCGGCCAUAGCGGCAUGGUGUUCAGAGUAUGCGACACAGACGCAGGUUACAUGUGUACAUCCCCGUGUUUUUGGACGCUCCUUUGACAAAACCGCACGCCUCUCGACCCAACUGCGGCGGCCGGUCGAGGCCAGCUACUGCGAUGGCCUGGCUGUCCAGCUGGUACAGGAGACGCCCUUGGCCUCCGUGUUGGACUCGCUCAUCAGCGACGUGGUCCAGGUGAGCGAAGAGGACGUGGCCAUCGCCAUUGCGCAGGCCAUCCGCUCUCAAUCUCUUCUUCUUGAAGGCUCCGCGGCUGCUGCUAUCGCCGCCAUACCACAGCUUCACUUGCCGUCGACCAGCGGUGGUCGCAAGUCACGUGUGCUGCUGAUGUUGACGGGCAGCAACAUUGCCGCUAAUGCAGUGGCACGUGCUUUGGUCACACACGUCUCCGAUCACGACCAACGUCGGUCCAUGGGCCUACGCAACAUUGUCAACCCGACCGAGCGUUAUGGUGCUCUCGACCAAUUGACAGUUACCACGAAUGCUACCGGUACAGGUAGUGAGCCCAGGGUUGGUGCUGUGCAGCAACAAUCAUCAGAGCCCCGAGCCAUCCUAGCCUUCCUGGCUUCACGACUGCUGGAGUCGGUUGAUGCCACCAUGCACAAGCUUGAACAGUCCCGCCUGCUGUCCAUCCGACUGCAACUUCGUACCGAUACCUGGUCCUACUCUGUCGUCGACACUCUCUUUGACCACGUCCGCUCCCUCGCUGUUGAAUUUGCCCGUCAUGUGGCCGAUCACACCCUUCCCUUCUGGGUCCUCGAGGAGCGAUAUCGCGUCCUCGUCCAGCUGCUCUCGGCUGCUUCGUGCAUGUUCGAUCGCGCAAGUCCCUCGUAUGAUCAGUCACUUACGUCUUGGUUCAGCGACACCGCUUCCCAGAACUCAACCAUGGUCAACUACGACCGAUACGGCGCCAUCCAACUCCGCAGCACAGAGCUCAUGCUCCUCCAGGCUGUGCGCCCCGUGGAACACGCUCAACAGCCUGUUAGCCUGCUUCUUGCUUCAAGCGGCAUGGCAGCGUUCCAGAUUUUAUUGCAUUUCUUUCUACAGCGCCUUCGUCCCGGCGAUCAUGUACUCAUGCCUCCAUACGUCUACUUUGAGGCCUCUGAGCAGGUCAAGAGCAUCGCAUCCACUGGUCUCUUUCAUCUUUCUCAAGCCGAGGGCUUCGACUCUGCAAGCCUGAUCUCUACAGCCGAGGAACGUGACUCCCGCGUCGUCUUCCUUGAUCCUGUUGCUAACAUGGCCGGUUUGCCCAUCACUGAUGUCCGUGACUUUGCACACAAAGUAUCAAUUCGGCCUGGAUGGGAGAAGCGUAUUGUCGUUAUUGAUGGGACCAUGAUUUCGGGUGGUCUUCCGAUCUAUGAUUGGUUCGUUGGUCCACACGCUCCCCUGGUCCUGUAUUCGGAGAGCGCAAGCAAGUACCCUCAGUGGGGACUCGAUAUUCAAAUGGCAGGUUUCGUUGUUUUCCCCAGCGAAUUCGAUGAAGAGAUGCGAAGGAUCAGACGGAAUCUUGGUUCAGUCAUGUAUUCGCGCGGAGUUUCACUCUUCGCUCCAUUGGAUUUUACCCAUUACCAGUCCCGCUUGGCCAUGCUCACACAAAACUCGCAGACUUUGUGCAGCCAUCUUGUAAAAUCUCUGGCUAACGUAGCCACCGUGGACUUCCCCGUGGGCUGGUCUGAGCUAGGCUGGCGUCACGGAGGUUCCAUCAUCACCAUCGAGUUUCUCGAAAAAGGAUUAAAUAGUAAAGAGGGUCUUGAUGCUUGUAUUGAGCUUGUUAUUGCCACGGCAAAGGAGCAUUCGCUGCCCAUGACCAAAGGUGUUAGUUUCGGCUUUUCCACCUCCAGGAUUUCGGCGAGCUCUUCUAUGGCCGAGAAUACAGAUCCUUUCCUUCGUAUUUCUGUCGGUGUUGAGAAGGACGAUGUACCGCUGUUAGAGACUGUGGUAACGUCAGCUGUAUUGGCAUACGCCAAGGAGUUCAGCACAUAA